AUGUCUGCUGAGAAUCCUGUUGUCUUUUUCGAUAUCACUAUUGGCGGAUCCCUUAAGGGACGCAUAGAGAUGGAGUUAAGAGCUGAUGUUGUCCCCAGGACUGCCGAGAACUUUCGUUGUCUCUGCACCGGUGAAAAGGGAAUUGGUCGAUCGGGCAAGUUGCUUCAUUUCAAGGGAUCUGCAUUCCAUCGCGUGAUUCCUGGGUUUAUGUGCCAGGGUGGAGACUUUACAAGAGGAAAUGGAACUGGAGGCGAGAGCAUCUAUGGGGAAAAGUUUGCAGACGAAAACUUCAAGCUGAAGCACACUGGACCGGGAAUCUUGAGUAUGGCAAAUUCUGGACCAAACACCAACGGGAGUCAGUUUUUCCUGUGCACUGCCGAAACGGCUUGGCUAAAUUCCAAGCAUGUUGUGUUUGGCAAGGUUAUCUCGGGGCAAGAUGUCAUUUCCGCCAUUGAACAGGUCGGAAGUGAUUCCGGAAGAACUCGUGUCCAAGUGGUCAUUUCGGAUAGCGGUCAACUCCGGUAG